CACUUCCUCUUUGAAAUAAGCCGUGGAAGGUUGACCGUGGUUUGUUAUUACAUUACGAACAAAUCCACAAUCAUCGGCCUUUUGAGUAUUAAUUUUUACUCAGAAUUAGUUAUAAUAGAUUAAAAAAUGCCUCCAAAGUUCGAUCCUAACGAAGUUAAAUACGUUUACCUUCGAUGUGUUGGUGGUGAGGUUGGUGCAACAUCUUCCUUGGCCCCAAAAAUUGGUCCCUUGGGUUUGUCUCCCAAAAAAGUCGGUGACGAUAUUGCCAAAGGCACCGCUGAUUGGAAAGGUCUUAAGAUAACAGUUCAACUUAAGAUCCAAAAUCGUCAAGCUACUAUUUCUGUUGUUCCAUCAGCCGCCAGUUUGAUUAUUAAAGCCUUGAAAGAACCACCAAGAGACAGGAAGAAGCAGAAGAACAUUAAACACAGUGGCAACAUUACUUUGGAUGAUGUUAUCAGCAUUGCCAGACAAAUGAGGCCAAGAUCAAUGGCUAAAAAUCUGUCUGGAACAGUUAAGGAGGUUUUAGGAACAGCCCAAUCAGUAGGUUGUACCAUUGAUGGGAAGCUCCCACAUGACGUUAUUGAUGAAGUAAAUGAUGGCUCUGUAGAAAUACCUGAAGAGUAAAAUUUAUAAAAUAAACUUUCUGAUACA